AUGCCUCGCAAAGAAUCCUCAAAAUACAGAAUCGUUCCAUGUCCCUGUCCAGCUGACCAUAUUUCCCAACAAUUCAGUUCCAAACGACUUCAAAAUCCGAACGGCGAUGAUACCCAGAACUCGGGUUUGGCACAUUGUAUGAGAGUGGCAGAAGGUCAUGAAGAUAAGACAGUGAUAUGUACGAAUUGUAGCGAUCGAUGGGGUCAUAGUCAAGCUUCUUUAGCAAUGUUCAAGACUGAUUCUCAAACCAAUUCUCUUACACAAGCGAUGGAUUAUUACCCCACUUACAAAGGGCAAUGCUCAAGCGAGGGUGGGAAUCCACUAGAAUGGAAAUUGUACUACAGAAAAUGGCUCAGUCAAGGCGAAGCCGGUGCAACAAACGUUGCUGACAUUGCACAAUCUACACGAAAGAGGAGGAAGUAUGGAAGUUUCGAUCCUACAAAGUUUAAAAACAGGACAAUAACUCACUCGGAAAACGCAAUCAGAGGUUGGCAAAGCAGACGUAUAACCAAUGAAGCUCCUGAAGAGACAACUUCGAUUGGCGUACCUGGAAUGAUCAGCGAGACGUAUACAACACUGCAACCUCCCAUAUGCGAAACCGACUUCAAUGUUCCACAAGAGGGGAGCACCACCAGCUAUGGCCGCAAUGUUUCAUACCCUUUUGAAGCAUUCAUAGACCCCAAUUUGUUGCAGGACUCAACGGUGGAAGGUAGACUGUAUUCUGCACUCUUAUCAGAGGGUUACGGAGCAUUUGAUUCGACUGGCUACGGACACGGGAUGGAUGAUUAUUCAAUGACAGGCAUGCCAAGCUCUUGUGGUUAUUCUACUAAUCCCGAUUAUACCGAGCCCGGUUGGGAUACCCCUUAA